CAAAUGUACACUUACUAUACUUUUUUAUCCCUUGAACCGUUUUCCUUAUGUAUUCUUUCUUAUGACAGGUUCAUUGCGAUCUGUUUCCCUUUAAGACAUGAGUCUAUAAACACAAACACCAGAAUGGCUUAUAUAAUCAGUGCAGUUUGGUUCUUUUCUAUUGUUAUAAUUCUCUAUGCUGUUACAUCCAUCCCAACCCUGUCCUUUUGUGGCUCUCUUGAGGUCCACAGCUAUUUUUGCGAUUAUGCUCCUGUUUUAGUACUUUCUUGUGGUGAUACAACAUCCCAGUGGAACUAUGCCACUGCUUUAACUAUGCUCUUCAUUACUUUACCUUUGAUUUUUAUUUUCUUGACCUACAUGGGUAUACUGACUGCUGUAUUCAGAAUGAAAAAUAAUCAGAGCCGUUAUAAGGCGCUGACCACGUGCACAGAGCACCUCAUAUUAGUGGCCCUUUUCUUCAUUCCUAUUGUAAUCAUCUUCUGUUUUACAUUUUUUGGAAUUAUUUGGAACCCCAAUGUAGGUCUGGUGAGCUUGUGUCUGUCAUCCCUCCUCACACCUUGUGUGAAUCCCAUCCUCUACUCACUGAAAACUAAAGAGAUUCGAAGCAGGAUUCAUUCUUUGUUAACCCAGAGACUGUCUGUUCAUCCUCUAAGAAAUGUACAUUAA